AUGACGGCAGCUACCGUAGCCAAAGCUUUCGUCAGCGGAUGGAUCGCCCGGUUCGGAGUCCCCACCAUCGUUACUACCGACCUGGGCAGACAAUUCGAAUCCGAACUUUUCCGAGAGCUGACUCGACUGCUAGGCAUCACCCAUCUGCGCACUACUCCGUACCAUCCACAGGCCAACGGACAAAUCGAGCGCACACAUCGACAACUCAAGGCUGCGAUCAUGUGCCACCAGAACCCGAGGUGGACAGAAUCGUUGCCGAUCGUGCUACUCGGUAUGCGAACAUCUAUAAAAGAAGACAUCCAGGCAACCACAGCCGAACUCACCUACGGCACACCACUACGCCUGCCCGGAGAGUUCUUUGCCGAGAGUAGCAGCAGUUUGAAUCCAUCACCCGAGUUUGUUGUCGAUCUGAAAAGAAUGAUGGCGAACCUCAGACCUACACCGACGAGCAAUCACUCCAAGCAGAAACCGUUCGUCCAGAAAGAGAUGGCCACAUGCAGUCAUGUCUUCAUCCGUGUUGGUGCCAUCAAACCACCGCUGUCACAACCGUUCGACGGCCCAUACCGUGUGCUUCGGCGAAAGAAGAAGGUUUUUAUCAUCGAUAUCAACGGUAAGCCUUCUCCGAUCUCCAUCGACCGACUGAAGGCCGCGUUCGUCCAGGCUGACGAACCCCCACCAGCACCGAUCGCCAAACCACAACCAGCACCCGCAACUGAACCGAAGCCUUAUCCCGAUCCGGAACCAACACCGUACAAAACUCGCUCCGGACGCCAUGUACGAAUCCCUCGCCGUUAUUGGAAAAACUAA